GCUGUACGUUUUAUUUGUUUGUCUUACUUUUGACGGCGUCAUAUUUCAGUCCCAGAUUCUUGGGAUUCUGACACCUGACUGAAGGGCUUUUGAAGUGUCUCAAAUGUCACAUAGCGAUCCUCUGCAGCAUCUCCCCCUAACCCACAUCAAUCCCCAGCUGCACACCAGAGCCCUCAGCUCUUAUCACUGGCCACUUACAGUCCCUGACGUCCGUGGGGGGGGUGCGCGCUUUAAUUUGGAGUACAGCCAUUUACUAUUCUUAAAACUCAGUGGUGCAGCGUUGAGGGAGAGAUCUCUGUUCUCCCUCCACUUCUUUUCCUUCUGCCAGUAGCUUUGUCCGGUAUUAUGUUUUUUGUUGCCGCUUCCAUCGAGCCUGCGUGAAAAGUGAACGGACUUGAUUAGUGAGUGAAACGGUGUUUGUGAGGAGGCCCGCUUUGAAUCAGUCAUGAGCUCCAGCCUGGUCAACUCUUUAGCCAAAGUCUAUGAUCCAAAUCCUCUUCAUGGCCAGAAGACGGGUGGAAGGAAGCUCUCACUUAAUGGAUCAGACAAGUCCCAAGCCUCCUCGCCAUCGCCCUGCUCGCCUCAUGAUGCCGCCCUGCGCUGCGUGGAGAGCCGAAUGGACUCACUCAGCUCUCAGAUGGAGCGCUUGCUCAGCAUGCAGCAGACGGUCUUGGUCCGGCUAGAUGGCCUGUCCCUGGACGUCAGGGGCAUAGGUCGGGAUCUGGCAUCGAUGCGUGACGAGGACCACGGGGGGAGACGCGGGUCCGGGGUUCAUGCGGCGUGCAGAGAGCUGCAUGGGACCGUUGAGAGGGCCAGCGAGCAGAUGGAGAGUCAGGGACGCAGGCUGGACGGGGUGGAGAGGCUUGUGGAGGGAACCCAGCAGGUGAUCUGCUUUAUUGGGGAGGUAGUGAAGAGCUCCAGGCUGGUGGAGCUGCUGUUCAAACAGCCUGGAAAGAAGGCGAACAAGAAGGCAAAGGAUGACAAGGAUAAAGCCAAACUGAGCCUGAAGGGCUCGAAGGCCCAGAAGAAGAGGAGACCUGCAGACUCGACAGACACUUGCGCGCAGAAUGAGCCUGUGCUGCAGGAGCAGGUGGAAAAGCUCAACAGGCAGAACACUGAGCAUUCCCAUGGAAGGGCCGAGGCUGACAGUCAGAAGGGGGAGGACAGGGGAAGUGGGGGAAGAAGACUGGAGUCAGCGGAGCUGAUCCUGGACGGACCACACACCUCUGCCGCCCAGUCAGAAGACGGGAAGAAGGCAACCGAGGAGACAGAGGAGGAAGCGGAGGAGGGUGUCUUUGAUGACUCCGAGUCAGAGGAAGAGGAGGAAAAGGCGGAAGAAGAGGCUGGAAUAGUGGAGGAUGACGGGAAGAGAAAGCAUAAAGUGGAGGCAGAAGAGUCGUCAAAAUCGGAAAAGGCCCCAAGCAUCAUCGCAGAUAUCUGCCAGACCGCUGUCCUGCCACAGGAGAGCUCUGAGGAAGUCGGCGAUGUGGCCACUUGCAGCAAACGUCGUGUCACAGAAGAGGACCUGGUGAAGGACGACCUCAAAAAAAGCAGAGUGGAAGACAGUAAAGGGGAAAGUGCUGACGGGCAGGUGGUCGACGGGGACGAGCCUCGGGCUUCCAAAUCUGACGAUGUAAAGACAGAGGUGGACGAGGAGGGGGAGGAGGGAGAGUCAGCAGUGAAAGAAUUCAUCAUUGAGUCAAGCCCUCCGCCGUUAGCACCUUUCGACCACCGCAUCGUGACUCCCAAACCCCAUCUGAUAGACACCUAUUACACCAUCCACAGAGACGAGGUCCUGGGAGGGGGACGUUUUGGACAAGUCCACAAGUGCAUAGAGAACUCGACUGGUUUAAUGUUGGCUGCCAAGAUCAUCAAAGCCAGGAGCCAGAAAGAGAAGGAAGUGGUGAGGAAUGAGAUCCAGGUGAUGAACCAGCUGAAUCACGCCAACCUCAUCCAGCUGUACGCCACCUUUGAGUCACGCCAUGACAUCAUCCUGGUCAUGGAAUAUGUGGAGGGAGGGGAGCUGUUUGACCGCAUCAUUGAUGAGAACUACAACCUGACGGAGCUGGACACGGUGCUGUUUAUACGCCAGAUCUGUGAAGGGCUGCAGUACAUGCAUAAGAUGUACAUCCUACAUCUUGACCUCAAGCCUGAGAACAUUCUCUGUGUCAGCAGAGCUACUAACAAGAUUAAAAUCAUUGACUUUGGCCUGGCCAGGAGGUACAAACCCAGGGAGAAGCUCAGGGUCAACUUUGGAACACCUGAAUUUUUAGCCCCUGAAGUCAUCAACUAUGAGUUUGUUUCAUUCCCCACUGACAUGUGGAGCCUUGGCGUGAUCACUUACAUGCUGCUCAGUGGCUUGUCUCCGUUUCUGGGGGACGAUGACAACGAGACAUUGAACAACAUCCUGGCGUGUCAGUGGAACUUUGAGGAGGAGGAGUUUACGGACAUCUCCGACGAGGCCAAAGACUUCAUCACCCUUCUGCUGGUGAAGAGCAAGAGCUGGAGGAUGAGUGCCGCAGAGUCCCUUCGGCACCCCUGGCUGUCAGACCAGAGUCUGCACUAUCGACUAAAUCAGAAGAAACACUGUGAGGCCCUCAGCAUGCCUUUUGACAAUGUAGGGCCCUGGAGCUCAACACUGGACCAAUGCUGCUGUACCUGUAUGGCUACAGGAUAACUACUCUCGCAUCCUCGUGUUAGCUUAGCUUCGCAGCUUGUAGUUCUGACCUGAAUAGUGAGAGGCCCGCAGGAGAAAAACUGACUUUUCAAACGCUGCCGUCGAGUCACGAAUCAUCUGCUAGCAUGCUUACUAGCAUGCUUACCGCAGAGGACAAACCUUCCUCCUGAACCAGCGUGGACUCGCUCGCUCUACGGCGGUGUUUAGAACGACCUGUAUCGCAGCGGUGAAUCCAAAAUAUUAGCGACUAAAGACCUGAGUUAUUUGCCACUUCCACAACUUCCACAUGUAGUGAAAAGGCAAAACUGAAAAUCAGCAGUUUAGCAUCACACAGACACUGUUAUUCUCCCCCUGAUAGUGAGCAGUUUGUCAUGUUGUCCUGGUUUGUUGCAUGCUUUGCACUUUUUGUCCUAUUUCUACAAGAUUUAGCAAACAUUGAGCAAAAUAUAGAGAGCGAAAGCUAUUAUUCAAUUAAUAUAUUUUUGUGAAUACAGAUUCUUUUUUUUCUUUCUUUUAAUUUAAUUUCAAUUUUUCUUUUAAUUAUUAUUUUAAGUCUUAUAAAAUGUUAUUCUUUCUUGAGCAUAGAGUUUAAAAAACGACAACAUUUAGAACUUGGUUGCAGUUGAAGUCACAGCACAUUCAUUUAUUUUGUACAGUGUGUAGCACAACGCCUCAUACUCUCAUUCCCCUGAAAAGUGAGGAUAUCUCAAUGACUGAAUACUUCCUGUUUCGAGCCAUAUUCAUCCCACGUUUCUGGUACAUUUUCACUGCAGACCGGAUUGCCUUCCGUAUGCGUUCAUGCCACUAGCUCGCCUUCGCUUCGGCAGUUUGCAGUAGCCCCCUCACCUUCCAUGAAGGCUUAAGGAACAACAGAACACUACCUAUGAAUGACUCCCGAUUACGACUGAAGUGGAUUCUUAUGUUCAUUUUAUUUACUGGUUCAACACCAGACUGUACUUGAAGUGCAAAGCUUUUAUAUUCAAGAUGGGAUUUCUUUCAGGGGAGACAAACAGGAUCUGCAGCGACAGAGCGGAGAUGACAUCCGCGCCGACUGAUUCACUAUCCCGUUCUCUCUAAGAGACGGGAAGUUGGAUGAAUGUUUAUCACUCCGUUGUUGGCUGCUCCGAUUAGAAAUGGAACAGCUUUGUGAUCUUGAAUACUUGUUUAUUUGAAUUCAUGACACCUUUUUUCCAAGUUUUCUUGUGUAAUGAUGACAUAAUUCAAUGUAGAAUAUGAACAAGCAAAUAAAUAGAGCACACUAAAAAGCAUAUGCAGUGUUUCUUACAGUCUAUAUCUUUGGAACUAAAACUUGAAUAUCAAAAUUGUGUCACCAUUUGCAUGAAAGUUGUACUCAGUAGGGAAUAAACACGACUUCCUGAAUGAGUACGUUGCUUCCAGAAUAAUGCUGAAAAUUAAAAAAGUUGGCAUUAAAUGAAAGCGUAAUGUGAAAA